AUGGGAAGCUCCGCCGUAUCCCAUUCCCCUUCGGAACAAUCCCGUCCACCGUCCCCCCUCGACCGGGACUCCUCUACCCCGCCAUCCCAAUCCUCAACCACAACGAGCGCCCCUUCCUCUCCCUCCCACCUGCGACCCCAACAACCGUCCCCCUCCGUUUUGGAUGACAUCUUCAGCGCCUCACCUCCAUUUCAAAACUCCCCAGACAACAGCGUUGUCCAACCCUACCGACUGGACGGCGAGCCCUCCGACCUACCUUUCCUCCGCCGCCAGCACGUCACAGCAGGUUACCGCGAUGGCAUUUCCGUCGCGAAGGGUGAGCAUGUCCAGCGAGGUUUUGAUGCAGGGUUCCCUGUCGGCGCGGAAUUGGGCUUGCGCAUUGGGACUGUGCUGGGGGUUUUGGAGGGCUUGGUGAAGGCGACGGCGACGGCGACAUCCGCUACUCGCCGUGCUGGCCGCGGCGGCAAUCGUGGCGACGACGAAGACACUCAGGGGAAUGGGCCAUGGGGCGAUAUAGCAGCUUUAUUUGAGACGGCGAAGAAGGAGUUGACUGUGCAAAAUGUUUUCAGUGCUGCUGUGACGGACGUUGGUGGGGAAGCAGGGCAGACGGGUAAUGAGGGUGAGCGAGAAUGGGUAGAUCCCUGUGUGAGGUUGGCGAAGGCUGGGGAUGAGGCUGUAGCGAGGUGGGAAGGGAUGGUCAGGGAAUUGUUGGCUGGGGCCAGUUGA